UUAUACAAUGGCAUUGGUUCCGGUUGGAGUUUUGUGGGCACUGAUAAUAUUUAUGAUAUAUAUCGUGAUCCAACCGAUUGCCAGUUGUGAGCCCGACGUUCUGUUGCCCAACGGACAAGUUACAGAGUCAUCUAGUUGGUUCCUAGGCGAUAGCAUCAAGUUCGAGUGCAAUCGCGGAUUUUCUUUGCAGGGAAAGUCAUGGCACCUUGGCAAUGGAAAUAUGAAGAAGCGUUACUGCGCCAAAGCGGGUUGCAAUGAUAUUGAGAAACGAGCCAACGGAGCAAUUUUCACGGCCACCGAUGGCUUAAAGGCGAAAAUCGAAUGCGAUGAAGAAUUUGUUCUCAGCGGAAAUUCCGUUACCUACUGCAAUGGAACGCAGUGGAUCAUGAAGCUGGGAACCUGUCAGUUGGCCAACAGCGCCGGUGACCAUUCCUGUGACUUCGAACGGGAGGAUGUGUGCGGUUGGAGCGCCAGCAAAGCCAUACCCCAACCAUGGAAGCGGAUAAGUGCUGCGGCAGAUUUUCGCAAGGAAAAGUGUAUCCAACAGGAUCACACUUUCCAGAGCGACGUCGAAGGACACUUUAUUCGCUUGCAAUCGCAGGUACAUGCUUCCAGGACCUACCACUUCAUAUCGCCGAUCUAUCCCAGGAACCUCACGGUGGGCCAUUCCUUAUGGUUUCAGUUCCAACUCUUUAUGUUUGGCACGGAAGUAAGAAACCUGACGAUCUCCGUGAAACCAUCUUCAAUGGCGGUCGAGGAUAUGUGGAAUAGUUUCAGAAAUAUCUGCACCAAGCUCAUCGUGUCUGGCGAUCAAGGCCCAAACUGGAAAAGCCAGUCGAUCGCCAUCGACGAGAUGGAGUCGGACUUCCAGGUGGUCUUCACAGUCGUGGACCCAAGUUCUCUUCAUGGAGACAUUGGUAUCGACGAUGUAAAAUUUAUAAAAUCCGAAACCAACGAACCUCAUUUUUAACUUGGACGAGUAGUAAAAUCUAUUAUCAUUUUGGGCUUAUAAGAUUUACCCAUAGUAUAAGUUUAAAAAGUGUGUA